AUGGACUCCCUGCAGCACUUGUCCACUGCAAGUGUCCGCCGACGCCCGCUGCGACUGCAGUACAGACAAGGCAAGCCGCCCAGCAACAGGGAGCCUGAAGAUGCCUGCUCGAUGCCGCUCCCAUCUCCCUCGCCAUCUGGCCGCUCCCGGCUCCGGGUGGCACAGCCCAACAGCGGCAGCAGCAUGCAGCGGUGGACAAUCAUUGCAGCGGCCCUGACAGCAUUCCUGAUCCAUCUGCAUGACAGACACAAUACAGCCGAGAGUUACUCGCUCGGGGGCAGACUGCGGCGGGGACUGGUGCAGCCGGGCAGUGACGAGCGGAUGGAGGCAACCAUCUCUCCGCAUGGAGCCAUUGAGGGAAAUCUCACGUCGAUGGCCCUUUCGUCUGCACUCAAGUUGAAGGCGACGUCUCUGCUGCGUGUGGAUGCCGCGAAUGAGCGGCGGUUCACACUGGUUGCUACGUGUGGGGAGCCCUUCCAGCGGGGCAAGCGCACCUGCCCCAAGACAUGCCCCAUGAUCGCACCGAGGCCCCUCGUCAAAUGUGAGAAAGCGACCACCAAUUCACUCACUGUCCGUAGCGAUUGCGUUGUGUUUUCUUGCACAAAACCAACAUCGUCGGGGUGCGUGAGGGACACGCGGAGACCCAAAUGACACACACACAUGGAUGAAUGGAUGGGCUCAUGCAGGUUGGUCUGAUGAUGUACUUCAACUUUGUGGUGUUUCUGACGGUGUGUGCGUCGAUCUUCUUUGUGGGCACGACCAUUAUCUUCUUCACAUCCGACUUCCAGCGAGAGCUGGCUGAGGAGGAUAACAAGUGCACCGACAAGGUGCUGUCCGACAAGGAGCUGCACCAGCCCGACAAAGUCGUCGAGCAAUUCUCAAUGGCGUCCUACUACCUGUGCGUCUCCCUCUACGCCGUUCUCAUUGUGAGAGAGAGACACACAGAUCACGCCACCACAUUGUUCAGAAGCGACUGGGAUCUCUCUACGUGUUGUUGGUCGUCUGGUCAGCCGCUGACGUUUUUCUUUCACGGUUACCAGCUGCGGCUGGUGAAGCAGUCGGACGAGGAGAACGACACACUUGCCGACUUCUGCUGCGUGUAAGAAAGGAGGAUGAGCCCGUCUCAGUCCUACAUAUGUUCUUUGAUCUGCUUCGGAGCCCACGGCCUCCCAGAAGACGCGAUCGACGAGGACGAGUUGAAGAUAUACUUCCAGGAGGCGCUCGGUUUGAGCAUCGUGGGCGUGUCGGUGCCAUACGCGUACGCUGGACACGAACGCCUGGUGAGAGAGUCAGUCAGUCAGUCAGUGACUGACUGACACAGACAAUCGUUUCAGGUUGAGAGGUUGUGCGACAAGAUCAUCGAGGAGGCCGACUUGAAGGAGGGCACAUACACCGAGGAGCUCGGCAAGCCGCCGCCAGGUACCGAGACGCUCAUCGCAGACACCGGCAGCAAGACCAGCACAGAGGCGGAGAAGGCACUACUGAAGGAGCACAGGGGCGGCGAAGGGUCGCACUACGACGACAAGAGCAAGCUGCCCGACAGGGACGAGAUCGUCACCAUCCUGGAGGGUCUCAAAGGCGCUGGUGAGGCAUUUGUCAUCUUCCAGACGGAGAAUGACAGCCGAGAGGCCAUUGAGCAAUUCGAAGAGUUCAAUCGCACUCACGUAACAGACAGACAGGCAGACAGACAGACAGAGACAUUGGUUGGCGCAUCAAUCGAUAACCUGUGGUACCUAAUGGAUGUCUUGCUGCACGUAGAAGGGAGCAGCGGGCGCGUCAGCAGACAAGAAAUUGUUCCGGGGGACACACGCCAUCACGGUAAGCGAGCCGGUGCCACAAAAAGAUAAGCCGGUGCAUGCAUGUGUGAAUUGAAUGUGUCAAUCAAUUGAUGGCUGCACUGCAUGGGUACGUGCAGCUGGAGGAUUACGACGGCGAGCCUCAGGACGUCUUGUGGGACGGCUUCUCAAAGACACCGAUCAGCAAGGUGGGUGAUCGAUGGAUCAAUAUGUGUCCGUCUGCCUGUAUGUAUGUGUGUAUGAUUGAUGUGUUUAACAUGUUCUGCAGAUCAUCAAGUUGAUCAACGGCGUGUGGAUGAUCCUCGUGGCGAUCUCCAUGUGGACGCUCUUCAUCUACCUCCCCUACGCCGCAUACGUCAUCUCACUGUACCAGGCACGAACCUGUCAAAGAACGUGUGUACGUGCAUCGAUGUCGCAGUGCAGUGCAGUACAUCCUUCCAUGUCUCUCUGUCAAAUCAAUCAGACGCCCGGCAAGAAUCCCAACAUCAUCGAGGACAGCACGAUGGGUCUGAUCAUUGCGGGCGGCAACGCCGUCAUGGGCGAGGUCGUCCUCGCCAUCGCUCGGUGGGCCGGCUUCAGGCGAAAAGACACCUUCGAUAUCUACUGCUUCGUUCUCAACUUCCUCGCCGUCGAAGUACUUUCAACACAUACAUACGACACACGGGCGACACACAUCACAUCACGUGGCCCGCCCUUCUGUGUGUGUCAGAUGAACAUGCUGUUCGACUUGGGUAUAUGUGUGGUUGCCGCCAUCGGUCAGCAGAAGGAGGCCCUAUCGACCAACGAGGCCGCCGCUACGGCCGACCUGGAGAAGGGCAUAGCCGACCAGUUCUGGGGGCUGCUCAUCCCGGGGUGUCUCGUGCUGCCCUACCUGGCGCUGCCCAUCGUCAUACACGGGCUGCCGUUCUUCCUCGGCAGAUGGCAAGUGCUCCACAAACAAAGGGUACGUGAGACAUGAGGUUAAAGGGAGAGAGAGAGAGAGAGAGAGAGAGGGCCCCGUGGGUGUGACGUCGGCGGUUCCGUGUCAGAUAACGGCACGCGAGGCGGAGAAGCUGAUGGAGUGCGUGUACAUUGACCUCUCGUCGCAGUACGGCCGACACAGACACGAUAUGCAUACCUACAGCAAUCCCCUUGCCUGUGUGUCCGCCGUCGUAGGUACGGCGACUUCAUCAUCAACACGUCAACGUGCCUCGUCCUGGUACGAGAAAGCACUGCACACGCAGCAGCGAUGAUUUGUGGGUGUGUGUCGUGUGUAUGUAUGGGUGCAGCUGUUCUUCGUGACGCAGCACGCGUGGUCGAUCUUUCUGUUCCUGGUGCUGUUUGCCCUCUACCACUACAUCAAGGACCUCUUCCUCUGCCUGCGGCUCCACAAAGAGACGUACUUCUCAACAGGAGCACUCGGCAACUCAGGCAUAAACCACACACACACACACACACGACCACGUACAGACACAGACCGCUUUCCGGAUUAUCAUGUCUCUCUGUGUGUUUGUCAGUCAUUCGUCUGUGGAGUGUGCCGACGGGCAUGCUGUGCGGUUCUUUGGUCUACUGGCACUUCCGGCAUUUCCUCGGCAGCUCGCCGCGGAUGUUCCAGGAGCACGCCGGGGAGAUCAUCGGAUACACAGCGCUCGCAUUCUUCGGACACAUCUUUGUGCGCGAGGGACGGGAGGGACGGAGGCAGGCAUGAAGGCAGCGAAUGGGGGAGGGAGGAAGAGACACGCUUGUGUGCUGUGAUGAUUGGUGUCGUGUCAGUUAUAUUUGGUCGUGAUAGACUACGUCAUUCCUGCUGUGGUCCACAUGGUGCACAAGCCGUGCAGCAAGACCUACAAGGAGGUCAGCCACUCGGACCGAGGUUAUGCCGGCACUGUGCCUCUGUGUGUGUGUGUGUGUGUGUGACCAUCUGAGCAGAUAGAGGCCGUGACGCCCUGCACGUACUUCAACAGCAACCCCAUCCACGUCCUCAAGAGCCACUACUGCCCCAAACCCGGACAGUCACCCAUCACACCAUACGAAAUAGGUUGGUCCUGGCUAAGACACGUGGGCGAAUACACCCACACACAGACACGCCCCCUCCCUCUCUGUGUGUCGUGCCAGGCAAGGAGUAUCUGCAGGGUGCCUACUUCAAGGUCGAUCAUGAGCUGGAGGAACAGGAACAGAGCCCAACCACUGCUGCUGCUGCUGCGGGGGCAGCGGCACAACCAGCAGCGGCCGAGGGCCACCAGACACAAGAGGGGGGUGGGCAGGGCGGGUAG